ACGAGCCACGCUCGACACACAGCACCGGAGAAGAAGCAGCGGCUCCGAGAGGCUGAUCAGAGCCACUCGACAGACUCAGGUGGAGCCAGGUGGGAUCACUCGGGGGGGAUCCGUCCGAAGAGCCGUAGACUAGUGAAGCCAUGAAGAACGAAGGCAUCGAGGGGACGGAGAGGUUCCUGAGCCCGGACAAAGGCAGAGGCCUGCAGGCGCUGAGGCACUUCGCGGUGGGGGAGCUGGUGUUCGCCUGCCCCGCGUACUCCUACGUGUUGACGGUGAACGAGAGGGGAGCGCACUGUGAGCACUGCUUCACCAGGAGAGAAGACCUUUUUAAGUGUGGCAAAUGUAAGCAGGCCUACUACUGCAAUGUGGACUGUCAGAGAGGCGAUUGGACCAUGCACAAGCUGGAGUGUGUAGCCAUGUGUGCCUAUGGGGAGAACUGGUGUCCAUCAGAGACUGUCCGACUGGUGGCCAGAAUUAUCAUGAAACAGAGAGUCACAACAGAGCGCACCCCUUCAGAGAGGCUGCUACUGCUCAGAGAGUUCGAAGCCCAUUUAGACAAGAUGGACAGCGAGAAGGAGGAGAUGAACCAGACAGACAUAGCAGCUCUGCAUCACUUCUACUCCAGACACAUCAGUGACCUGCCAGAUGAGCAGGCUCUCACUGAGCUCUUUGCACAGGUGAACUGUAAUGGUUUUACAAUAGAGGACGAGGAACUCUCCCAUCUGGGAUCAGCGGUUUUUCCUGAUGUAGCACUGAUGAAUCACGGCUGUAGUCCUAAUGUCAUAGUGACCUAUAAAGGCACAGUGGCUGAGGUCAGAGCAGUUCAGGAGAUAAACCCUGGAGACGAGAUCUUUAACAGUUACAUCGACCUGCUCUAUCCAACAGACGAUAGAAAAGAGAGGUUGUUAGAUUCCUACUUCUUCACAUGCCAGUGUACAGAGUGCACCACCAAGUCUAAGGACAAAGCAAAAAUGGAGAUCAGGAAGCUGAGCUCUCCGCCAACACAAGAGGAAAUUCAAUCCAUGGUCCAUUAUUCCAAGAAUGUCAUCGAGGAGUUCAGGAGGGCCAAACACUACAAGACUCCCAGUGAGCUGCUGGAAAUGUGUGAGCUCAGUCAGGAGAAAAUGGGGGCUCUAUUUGCAGACACCAACGUCUACAUGCUGCACAUGAUGUAUCAGGCCAUGGGUGUCUGCCUCUAUAUGCAGGACUGGGACGGUGCUAUGAGCUAUGGAGAGAAGAUCAUUCACCCAUACAGUGUGCAUUACCCAGCCUACUCUCUGAAUGUGGCGUCUAUGUAUCUGAAACUGGGACGUCUGUAUUUGGGACUGGAAAAGAAGAAGCCAGGAGUUAAGGCUCUAAAGAAGGCAUUGGCCAUCAUGGAGGUGGCUCAUGGGAAAGAUCACCUUUAUGUAGCAGAAGUCAAACGAGAAAUCGAAGAGCAGAAGUAAAGGAGGAGCAGCUGAAGGAGCAAAAAUAUUAAAGACAGAGGCACUUUGAUGAGGAACCUCUCUAAAAGCAACAACAACAUAAAUACACAUCACAACUGCAUGGCAUGUAUCUUAUACCUCUUUGUUUUUUUAAAACCUUUUUCAUUUCCCACCUGCCACUCUUUAGGCAGUUUUGUUUUUCAUGUCGACCGUCAACGUAUUCAGGUGGAGGACAACCACGUUUUGCAUCUACAGCAGCCUGUGAAACAUGGACUUGAAAGCAAACAAAUUGGGAUUACAUUUUUGGAAUUAAAAAAAAAAAUGUCUAAAGAAGUUCUAACCUUGAACUUAAUUUGAAAAUAUGGGUUUUUGUGUGUUGAAGCUCAUUAAAUCCAUUCAACACCAAUACUGUUAUUCGAAAAGAUUCUCAUCAGCAGAAAAAAAACUAUAUUUAAAGCUGCAUUUUGGAAGGAACAAAGGAAUCAUGUAACAGCUACUUUUCCAUUGAGGGGGAUUUUUGCCAUUUAAAAAAAAUAAUUCUUUUGGGGUCUGAAAUCUUUGACUGUGUUCUGUGGACCCAUCCUCAGACCACGGGGCGGCACAGUUUCACUCCAGAGCAGUUGCUCAUGAUCUGAAAACUCUGUACAAGACGGUGAGUAGUUUUUACAGAGGGCAUUACUACUUCACAACCAAUGCAUUUUUAUAUUCUAUCAAAUAUUCAGCAACAAAGUUUCUGGCUUCAAUGAUUCUUGUUUAAUCUGAGAAAUAGAAUGACCAUGUAUCAGGUACUCUGUAGCACUGCAGAAGAGAAUACAAAUAACUAUUCCUGAAUCAAUAACCAAUAGUUUGAUUGGUUUGUCUUACAAUGUUUUGCUUGUUUUUAAGAAGCAGGAGAAGUGUUGCAUGUUUUAUUGUUUAUAUUGUGUUUGUGUGCUUUUGUGUUCAGUUUGUUUAUUGCAUAUCAGGAUUGAUGACCAAAAGGGCAAUGGGUUUAAAUGACAAGGAGCCAGCUAUAAUUCACAGUUUACCAAUAAAGUCACAGUGAAGACAUUGGUACUAUAACCUGACCAGUGACUCUGGAUCAGAGCCCCUUUGCUCUCAGGAAGAAAAAAGGUGCAACACUGUAGCAAAUGUUGCCUUUUGAAUUACAUCAUUGUUCCUCAUUAGUGUUUUCUCAUAAGCAUCAUGAGGGUAUAUUGUCAGAAAUUAAAAUCACUUGGGCAGAAUAUGAAUGUGCAGCAUGACAGAUAGGAGCAACUAUACCUUUUACAGUUUAUUAAAGCAAAACUAUGGGGAUAAUAUGAUCGUCCUCACAAUAUAAGCAACUUUAUAAUCAGCAUGAAUAGUUCUCAAAGAAGAGGAAUUCAUCUCCCUUUAAAUUAUUUGUUAAGAGAGCUAAUUUUUGCACUCUUAAGCAAAAUAGACUGAAAUUAUUGAAAUACCAUGGUAAUCAUCUAUUGAACCAACAUGGCAACUUUUUUAAGAAAGUUUUACCUUAAGCAUGGAUGGGUACUAAAGCCUUUUCAUCAGUGAUACAGUCGGUUGUGACUAAGAAAGCCAUGUUGACAACAUGGUUGUUCAUAAAUGCUGGAAGAGUUUUCCCUUCGCUGCCAACCAGAACGUCAUUAGCAGGAGGUGGAGCAGUUAAAGGUCAUAACACUGUAGUAUUCUCUCUACUGUAGAUUUAACUAAAUCAGUAUAUAGAAAAAUCAAGUUAAAAGCAACUGGACUUGCUGUCUAAAGUUAGUGUUUUGAAUCGACGACUCCGCAUGCAGUGUGUGAAGGAGGCUUUAAAAAUAUGAUAGUAAUGAAAAUUAUUACUGUCUGUCAGGUGACUUCCCUGAAGUCUUAACACACAGAGGAACCAGUGCAAGUCAGAUCUAAUUCCUCCUUUUGUUUCGUACCGGUAGCUAACCCUUUAGGAUGCAGCUUUAUGCACCACAUGGAUGUGGGUUACUGAGGGGUGGAAAUGUCCCAUGAUGUCCCAUGUCAUAUUUGUAGCAAAUAUAAUAUGCGCAGUUGACUCUGUCACCUGUAAAAAGGAAUCUAGCCGGUGCCUGCCUUACAGCUUUGCAUAGAUAAUCCAAAAGCACCCUUUUAGCAACUCCUUUUGAGUGUUUGUUGAUCUUCUGUUCAGACAAAGGAGGGUUUGCAAGUGGCAGAAGCCAAAAACCAUCUAAAUUCUAUUUUGCCAGAUUCAAGCAUCAACAGGAUCAAAGUGCACAUGAUUUAUUUUAAUUUUUCUGAAAUUAAAAACCUGUGGCACAAGGAGUUAAACAUUAAUAAAAUCCAUACUUGUGCUGCACACAGACGAUCAGGUGUAGACUAACUGAACAGGUCGCCCACAUGAUGUUUUCUGACGUCUCUGUUAUGAACUGUUAGCAGGCAUGAAUGAUAUUCUAAUGGUAUGCAUAAUAACUGCAUAAAGUCUGAGCCUCUGAACCUUUCUGUAUCAUGUCAAUGGAACUCAAUAAAUUAUAGUAGAGUACUUGCUCUGCUAUAAAUACC